ACAGUUUGUUGGAGGAGCUCUCUGUGUCGGAGAAUGUCAGGAAGCAACCAGCUACCGGACCUGGUUGUCAUUAAAGAACUGGAGCUCAUCUUGGAUUCCUGCACGCUGGAUCUCACACCAGUGGAUGAAGUCUGGCCCAACCUGUACAUAGGAAAUCUGGCCGUGGCACAGAACAGAAAGAAAUUACAGAAGCUCGGCAUCACUCACGUCCUGAACGCAGCGCACUCCAAGCAGGGCAGCAUCGGUGACCAGAGUUUUUACGGGAACACCUGCGUGUACUUUGGCAUCCCAGCAGAGGAUUCAGCACGCUUUGACCUCAGCCAGUACUUAAAAGCUGCAGCUGACUUCAUACAUAAAGCCCUGAAGAGCAAAGAUGGGAAAGUGCUGGUGCACUGCAUCAUGGGCAUGAGUCGAUCGGCCACUUUGGUCCUGGCUUACUUCAUGUUACGACAGCGUCUCCCACUCAGAGACGCUCUGAGGCGCGUCGUCCAAAAACGAGCCAUUUACCCCAACAGGAACUUCCUGUCUCUCCUCCUCAAGCUGGAUGAACAGCUGACAUUCAAACGGAGAUUGUGUCCUCUCCUCUGACAUCUCUCUUUUCACCUCCUCUAAACCUUCUUCAUCACAUUAGACCUCUCUCUCUUUCCAUGUGUUACACUCCACUCUAAUCAGUAUGCACAAUAUCUGUAAAUAAUACUAUCAGAAUGGGUAUGAUGUAGUCAGAGGUGUGAGUUUGACGGUGGUGAACAUUUAAAGUCCAGCUUUUUAUUCCUAAGGUUGUCCACUUUUCAUUCAGCAACGGUCAUAUUUUGUAAAUAUCUCAGUGUUCUAUGUCAUAUCUGUAUUCAACUGUUACCAGUCUGUGCUUUGUAAAUAUAGCUUUAUCACUUGUUGUGAAUAUCCAUUAAAGACAUUUUAUGAUA